AUGGAGCCACUGGAUAAUUGUCUCAACCUGGUACAUAUGAUCAGUAGUGGAAUGAAAGGGAGUCGAAAGCUGUUCUGGAGUAAUGUAGGUGUAGAAUGUGGGCGCCUGCGCUGUGAGCCUUGGAAACUUUCGAAUUGGGAACUCCUCGCUGCUUUGCAAGCCAUGUCGAUUUAUGUUCUUAUCAAGUUGGAUGAGGGGGAGACAGAGCACAAUGACUUUGAUUCAUUGUUAAUUGGUACCAUCAUAUUAAUGAUGAAAAUGAAGAUACUGGCGCAACAAAUUACUCACAACGACAUCGCAUGCCACUAUCGUGUGGAUCAGAGCUGGAAAGACUGGCUCUAUGAGGAGUCGAGACGAAGAUUAUCGGUAGUUUAUCGAGUCGUCAACAUGCUAGUUGAUUUCGAGCCUGCCGCAUUGUGUGAUCUGCCUGAGGACUUGGUCUUAGCUCCACUGCCAGCUAAGAAGGAGCUUUGGGAAGCGAGUAAUGAAAGUAGUGAGAAUGAGCGAGAGGCGAGUAGUGACUUUGGGUUAGCGAAGAGUGGUGAGCUCGUGAGGCUUGGCGGGGAUGGUAAGACUAUAUUGGUUCACAUAGCUAUCACAUCCGAAAGUCCUCCAAGAGCUAGUGCGAGCUGGGAAGAGUGGUGUUCUGGGAUGGAUGGGUUUGGUGGCCUUGUGAUGCUUGCUGCUUUUUUGGUCGGGUAA